AUGUCACCCGGCAAACUCGACGUACUGCUCAACUAUUGCCUCAAGUAUAAUGUACACCUCAUCUUUAUCUGCGAAACUUGGUGUAAGCCUGACUCGAUCGGUGAAGCCGAGUUGUCGCUCAAUGGCACAUUUGAAGUCUUCAGACGCGAUCGCUCUGGCUCUAAGCCGGGAGGUGGCGUUUGUAUCCUUGUGCGUAAAUUUCUCAAUUGCAGCCCCCUCGUGCUCCAAUGUAGCAGCGAGAUUUGUGCCUGCGACCUAUUCAUCUCCGAUCGAGCCAUCCGCCUCAUCUCGUGUUACUAUCCCCCGUGGAGCGAGAGCUCUGAGGAUGGCUUCCACAGGAUCUCCACAUUCACCGAUGAGCUGGAGCAACUGCUCUCCUCCGAUUCCUUGGUUAUAUGUUGCGGCGACUUCAACAUGCCGGCCAUCGAUUGGGCGUCCUUAUCGUGCCCCUCGUCAUCUGAUGAGUACUCUCGCUCUAAAGAAGAGGUAUUCAGAGACUUCACCUCAUUCCACGGGCUGUCCCAAAUGGUCACUUCCCCUACUCAUCGCAGCGGUAACACAAUUGAUCUCAUCCUCACAAACGACGAUGGUGAUAUCCUUGGUGAUAUCACUGCCUCAACUGCCCCGAUCAGAUCUGAUCACUCCCUGUUGUCAUUCACCCUCACACUUCCCACCAUUACAGGGCCGCCCCCAAGUCCUGCGUACGAUUUCAGGCAUGGCGAUUACGACUCGAUCUCUGAUCGGCUGCUCUCCAUGCCAUGGCCUGAGCUAACCGCUAGCUUUGGCGACGACGUAAAUGGACUCUACGGCUCUUUCCUGCGACUCUGUCACGACUUACGGGAUGCCCACAUCCCCAGGCGAUCCGUCAAACAGAGAAUAAAUGGUCUCCCUGACCACAUUGCCCUCCUGUGUGAUCGACUCAGCGGACUCCCCAUUGUGAGCGACCAUGCUUCUCAGGACAAACUUAUUGCCGACAUUGACCGCCUGGUCACUCGCGAGCGAACCCUUGUUGAGACGCGCGUUGCCACCUCAGACGACCCGCGUGACUUCUACCGCUAUGCCCAGAGUCGUAUGGGUGGCUCAACGGGAGUCUCACUCCUCAAAUCGCAUGAUGGCCGCAUUUUCUCAUCAGCCCAGGAAAAAGCCGACCAACUUGCACACCACUUCUCAUCCUCACUCACCUCGGAUGACGGAUCUCCUAUCCCGGUCUACACCUCACACUCUCCCGCCCCACCUCUGGCUGAUCCCUUCAUCGACGAACACACGGUUUACACCACUCUACGUUCUCUCGGGAGUAAGCUGACCGUCACCCCCGAUGGACUACCUCCUAUCUUCUUCUCCAGGGCCGCCCUUGGACUAGCUCAUCCUUUACAAUGCGUGUACAACCUCUCUCUCCGCACGGGAACGGUCCCCGAUGCUUGGAAGAUGUCUUACGUCACCCCAGUCUACAAGUCCAAGGGCGCGCGCACUGAUGCCUCAAAUUACAGGCCCAUUUCCAUCAAUGUUAUUGCUAGCAAAGUCCUUGAACGCAUACUUUCCAAUCACAUUCUCGCCCACUGCGAAUCCAAUAACCUCCUUGACCCCAACCAAUUCGGCUUCCGUCCGAAUAGGUCUACUGUGCUCCAACUCAUCGACGCACAAAAUCAUUGGAUAACCGCCUUCAAUGACCACUCCGCAACAGCCGAUGUCAUUUAUAUUGAUUUCCGCGCCGCCUUCGAUGUGGUCAACCAUGGCCUACUUAUCUCAAAGCUCCCUUCCUUUGGGCUCUCUGAUGAACUAUGUAAAUGGUUCGCCAACUUUCUGGCCGACCGUUCAUGUCGUGUCCGAGUCGAAUCUUCAUUCUCCAACUCCUACCCCUGCCCCUCUGGAGUAAUCCAGGGCAGCGUCGUUGGACCCUUAUUAUAUCUUCUCUUCACGACUGAUCUCAAGCAUGAAAUCGUCGAGGGUGUUCAUCACCGCACUUUCGCUGAUGACACCAAAAUAUUCGCAGACACCUCCAAACCAGGGGCAGCCGAAGCGUUACAAGAAACUCUCUCCAACAUCGGUCGCUGGGCCCAACGCUGGAAACUCCUCAUCUCCUCAUCUAAAUCUGCUACCCUUCACCUACUCCAUGACAACCAACACAGCUAUACUCUCCUCGGCGAAACCAUUCCCGAAGUUCGAGAUGUUAAGGAUCUCGGUGUCUUAUUCACGUCUGACCUUAAGCCAGAGAAACACAUCCUCACGGCUGUAGCUAGAGCCGGCAGAACGGCCAACUUUGUACUCAGAGCUUUCAAUUGUAGACUCCCCGCCGUAUACUACAAAGCCUAUCAGGCUCUCGUCCUCCCCUCCCUCCUUUACGGAUCCGAGGCAUGGCGUCCCUGGCUCAAGAAGUCCCUCGCUCUCCUCGAGAAAUUCCAACGUAAAUUCAUCAGAAGAGUCGCCUUUAAGUGUCGUGCCGAACCUGACUAUGAUUCGCUACUACCCAUCUCUGAAAUCCUAGACAGGAAGGACCUCAAGCUCGCUUCGUCCAUCCAGCGCUCCCAUUUCCUACGAAAUUUCUUCGUAACGCGCUUGACCAAUACGCGCUCCCGGCGGCUGUUCGUCGUUACUCGCGCCCGUAAUAAUCUUGUCGCCAACAGUUUUCGAUGGCGUCUUUCCAAACGCUUCAAUGACACCGAAUGGGACGAGAUGCGCAUGAGACUCGAGAAGAAUAGCGACGAUAGACGAUCAUAG